CCCCGCUCGCCACCAGCGCCACCAUGAACUCCCGACUCUUCUCAUCUCUUCUUCUCGGUCUCGUCCUCGUCGGGGUCCACGCCGACGGAGGCGGGAACGAAUUACUGGAUGAAGCGAGAUGCUUUGGAGGCCGACUCACCUACCGGGCCCGGAUCGCCCUCGGCAACGCGAAGUUCGCCUGCAUCCAGUCGACCUCCACGACGACGACCACGGCGAACCCGAACGGCGACUCCGCCUUGAGCGCGCACCAGCAGCGGGAGAUCGUCGAGCUCUAUCGCGAACUCUCCACGUCCAACAACACUGCAGCUGCAUGCCGCUCGUCCCCGCAGGAGGCAGCCCUGAAGCUGUGCAUCCUCACCGGGGCCGGCUGGGUCCAGAGCGGCCUGCUCUCCCAGACGAACAUCCUCAGCUCCUUCACCAUCACCUCCGCCACAUUCAUCCCAGCAGUUACUGACUGCGUGACCAGCGCCAACGCCGUGACUGGUGACGCCGCAGCAAAGGUGACAGCCUUCUUCACGUGCUGGAAUGGGAAAGUCGCGAGCAGCGGCUGCCAAUCCAGGGAGGAAGGACGUUGGGGAGGAAGAGGCAGAGGAGGCCACUGACGUCGCGAUUAAGCUCAAGCGGACGUCGCUGUUAAGCCUGAGCGGCCGCGGUUGAAUCAAGGUUUUGCAGGGGACAAACGGAACGGAGACGACUCACUUUUCCCUUCC